AUGCUGUGGACACUGUUCUUAGUACCAGCACUGGCUGUGCUGGUGAUGCCUACCCAGAGUUAUGCCUGGUCACGACCGCUCUGGUACCAGGUAGGGCUGGACUUGCAGCCCUGGGGGUGCCAGCCAAACAGCCUGGAUGGUUGCAGGAGCAGCCUGGGCUGCCCUGGCUGCUGGAUGGGCCUGGGAGGAAACCGCAUCUACCCCUUGGCUGGAGUCAUGAUCACCACCACCAUGAUGCUGGUCCUUAGCCGCGUGAUGUUGCACUGGUGGCGUGUUCAGGUCACUAAGGGUCAGCACCCACAGGUGACCACCAGUGCCUGCAGACACUGGAAACGGCAGCCUCCCAUCUCAGACCGCACCCUAGUCCUCAAGGUCCUUCACAUGCUGGAUGCCAUCCUGCUCCACCUUGAAGGCCACCUGCAGCGACUGGCCUCCCAGCAACAAAGUCAAAUAAAAGUGACCCCCACCCAGUCUGGGUAA